CGAACCAAACUGAGCCACGAAGACCGUCAGCCGAGCUGCGACCUCUAGCGAUGGAGCGUGAAGAGCAGCUCGGUCAGUCCGUCCAGGAUGUGGAUUUGAUUGUGGACACAGAUGUGGGGCUCGAUGACAUGGCUGCUCUUGUGAUGCUGACGACGUCACCACGGUCACCACGGCUACGCUUGGUCACCACGGUGCACGGGGUUUGUGCAGCUCCUGUCGCAGCACCGUUGGCCCAACGCUUGCUGCUUGGACUGGGUGUGUCAGCUCUUGUGGUGCGAGGUGCCACCUGUCCGAGCUCGAGUGAGCAUGCGGAGCUCCCUGGUUGGGUCGAAAAGCACCGGGCCAAGCUGGAGAAAGUGAGUGAAGUUCUUGAGCUUCCUGAGCUUCCAGAGGAGCUUUCCAAGGAGCUUUCGAAGCCUUCAGAUUGCCAAACAGCUUCGACUGCAUUGUUGGAACUUGACAUCAAGGGUGUGACACUCUUGGCCUUGGGACCUUUGACUAAUGUGGCUGCAGCAGCUAAAGCUAAUCUUUCCAAGUUCCGGGAAGUUGUCGGGAAGAUCAUCGUGGCUGGGGACAACACAAAGGCCAACCCUUUUAACUUUCGCUUGGACCCAGUGGCUCUAGAUGUGGUCCUGAACUCCGGUGUUCCGAUUCAGAUGGUGGGCACCUGUUGCCGGCCGGAUGCCAAAGAGUUGGAGGGGCGCUUGGAGAAAUCCUUGAACCACCCCAUGCUGUUGAAGAUUUUGGAGCAGCAUCCCUUGAGUUUGGUCCAGGAUCCGGUGACCGCAGCGUAUUUCCUUGCCCCAGAGAUCUUCACAGUGGCGCCCGUGGAAGUUCAUGGAUCUUCUUGCCCUAUUUCUGUCAUGGAAGCCAAGGACUUGGACGUCACGGCUUAUGCGGAACUUCUGAAGACGUGCUUUGCAAGAUGAUGCGACGCCACCAUGAUGCGCCCGCCAUUUUCAUGCACCAUCCUUUGCCCUGGAACCGUCACCUCGAUGAUGCGCCCUGGGACAAGCAGGUUUGAAAGGAAACGUGUGAGGUUUUUCACGUUUUUGGAUUCCUUUUGGAACUAUAUACUCGAGGUUUUUGCUCCUUCAACUGCUCUUUGGGCAGAGAAAGCCCCGCGCGACACGCUGCACUUUUUGUACGUUUUGUUGUUUGUGGCUUUUCCUUUGGACAGCUAGCGUACGGGCUGUGGACCCAAACACUUGUACUACUGUUUGCUGCCGGCCACAUGAAUCGAUUCUGACAUAGUGACAUAGUGUCCAACUCCACAUCCGCAUCUUGCAGUUGCAAGCGUCUGGACAGCGCUUGUUCAUGUGCAUGAGUUGCACCAGCUCGUCCGCUUGUUCAGCGGACGCUUGUUCGGCGGACGCUUGUU